AGUGCUGCACCGACACAAAGAGAGAGAGAGGAUAGACUAGCAGUAAACAGCAGACUGUGUGAAAGUAAAGCGCUUGUUUUGGAUUAUUACGCAUACUACAGAACAGCACAAACUGACUGCGCUCUAGCAUGAGUUCAGCAGUAUCCUUGGAGUGAUCGGACUUGCAGCUUACUUGCAAAGCGCAAGUUCGUUGGCACUUUGUCGAGGACGAAUCACGCACAGAAACCAACGAUGGAGAGGAGCAUCCCGGGAUGGUGGGUGCUGUUAACCCUCGUCCUGCACGGAACGGGAUGCAUGGCGGCCAAGGAGCACCAAUGCCAGGAGAUCUCCGUGCCUCUGUGCAAAGGUAUCGGCUACAACUACACCUACAUGCCCAAUCAGUUUAACCACGACACGCAGGACGAAGCCGGCCUGGAGGUGCACCAGUUCUGGCCGCUGGUGGAGAUAAAGUGCUCCCCGGACUUGCGCUUCUUCCUCUGCAGCAUGUACACACCGAUCUGCCUAGACGACUACAAGAAGCCUCUGCCCCCGUGCAGGAGCGUGUGUGAACGGGCCAAAGCUGGGUGCGCUCCGCUCAUGAGGCAGUACGGCUUCCCGUGGCCAGAUCGGAUGAGGUGCGACCUGCUGCCGGAGCAAGGCCACCAGGAUAUGCUGUGCAUGGACUACAACCAGAGCCAGACCACCACUGCGUCGCCAGUGGUAGCGAAGCCAACCAACCGCCCCAUGAAGCCUUACAACCCCAGGAAGAAGAACGGGUACAGUCGUGGCAUCCCCGGGAAGCACAAACCAGCAGCCUCUCCGUGUGAGACAGGAUGCUUCUGCCGUGCGCCCAUGGUGCCGGUGACCAGCGACAGCCACCCGCUGCACAACCGAGUCAAAACGGGACAGAUCCUGAACUGCGCCAUGCCGUGCCACAAUCCCUACUUCACCCAGGAAGAGAGGACUUUCACUGCCUUCUGGAUCGGACUCUGGUCCGUCCUGUGUUUCAUCUCCACUUUUGCAACUGUGGCGACUUUUCUAAUCGACAUGGAGAGAUUUAAGUAUCCGGAGCGUCCCAUCAUAUUCCUCUCUGCCUGCUACAUGUUUGUGUCCGUGGGAUACAUUGUCAGACUGAUCGCCGGACACGAGGAAGUGGCCUGCAACAGAGAAAACGGAGCUGAACACAUCCACUAUGAAACCACAGGUCCUGCGCUCUGCACCAUAGUUUUCCUGCUUAUCUAUUUCUUCGGCAUGGCCAGUUCGAUAUGGUGGGUGAUAUUGUCCCUCACUUGGUUUCUCGCUGCAGGAAUGAAGUGGGGGAACGAGGCCAUUGCCAGUUACGCACAGUACUUUCAUUUGGCUGCCUGGCUCAUCCCCAGCAUGAAAUCCAUUGCAGUUUUGGCUCUGAGUUCGGUUGACGGGGACUCUGUGGCUGGGAUAUGCUACGUGGGCAACCAGAAUUUGGAUAACCUGCGAGGUUUUGUGUUGGCACCUCUGGUUAUCUACCUGUUCAUCGGCACCAUGUUUUUGUUGGCCGGGUUCGUCUCGCUGUUCAGAAUCAGGAGUGUUAUCAAACAAGGGGGCACAAAGACUGACAAACUGGAGAGACUGAUGAUCCGGAUAGGAGUUUUCACAGUUUUAUACACCGUCCCAGCCACUGUCAUAGUGGCGUGUUACUUUUACGAGCAGCAUAACAGACAGACGUGGGAAAUUACGCACAACUGUACUUGCAUGACGGACCCGAACAGGCAGAGACCGGACUAUGCUGUGUUCAUGCUCAAAUACUUUAUGUGCCUCCUGGUGGGCAUCACCUCGGGGGCCUGGAUCUGGUCCGGUAAAACCUUGGACUCCUGGAGGACGUUUUGCACGAGGUGCUGCUGGGGGAGUAAAGCCACCGCGGGCUCCAUGUACAGUGAUGUGAGCACGGGACUCACUUGGAGGUCCGGGACGGCCAGCUCCGUCUCGUGCCCCAAACAGAUGCCACUGUCCCGGGUCUGAACAGGGGAAGACUGUUGCUCAAAUGCACCUUAAGGUCAUUUGACGCUAAAGACUUUUUUUUAAAACAGCGCAUAUCAGCUUCUUUGGGGACAAAGUGGCGCAAAGACUAAUUUAAAAUCAUUUGGUUAAUUAUUCAAAGUGAGUCACCAAACUGCCAGUUUAGAUGAAGCUUUGGUCCUAAGCACUCCCCUAAUGUGAAAUACGUGUUGCAUUUGCGGUCAUAUGUUCCAAUCUGCUCAUAAGAGUUAUAAGAUCAGUUUGGAUUUCUUAUAUAUUACUUAUGAAAAGUUCUCCCUCCUUGCCUUAUCCAAAUGACGUCCAUGGGUUUGAAUAGAGGGGGUUGGCAGGGGAGGGAGGGGGUGGGUGGGGGGGGGGGGUAACUAAUUGUGUUGGGAUUGUCCAUCAGCGUGUUGUAAUUAGCACAUUAAUGAGCGCCUAAUGGCUUCUCUUUAAAUAAUGAGACUGUCAGCAGCAGAACAAUGUACCUGGCAAGAAGAAUGCAGAGUCUUAUCUUAACUUAAUUGAAUGCGUACAGCUGACAAGAUCCCCCUUGUCGAUAGGUUACAUGGUAUAGCUAAGACUCACUUCUUCUUGUAAAACUGUAAAGAACCGCUGUGUCUUAAACAUAAGAUUCACAAUGAGACUGCUCUGUUUAAAAUCAGGCCAGGCUGUGUUUUUUUUCUUUCUCUUGUCUAUGAAAUGGAUUUACAAGUACAUUAAUCAAUGCCUUAAUACUGUCUCAUACGGGUUGCAUUAGCGCGUAAAGUGUAUUUAUAUAAUUAUUGGUGUACAUACCUUGUAUAUUUGUAUAUGAAAAUUUACGAGAUUGUAAAUAUGUAUAAUUUUCACUUUGAUAGAAAAUUUUAUUUUGAGAAUAAAACAACUUGAAUUUUUA